GAACACAUUACUUGGAUCUGAUGGGAAUCUAACGGUGAGAAAGCUUCUACAUUAAGUCAAGGUAAGUUUCUUACUCUAACUUCCCACCAGAAUGGAAUUGACAUAGUAGAUCUAAAUAAAUUGGAUUUUGCUGAUUUCUGGCCCGGAAAGAUGCGAAAGUAAUUAGACUCGUUCGCUCGCCGCCGGUGUCCGGUCGGCGAGCCGCCACCCUUCCGUCGGGGCGUAGGGCCCUCGAUCCUGUUCGUGCUGAUGACUGAUUUGUGGCCAUAUCUUUUUUCUAAAUUAGUCAAUCAACAAUGGUAUUUACUGAUGAUCAAAUAUGUUUCAUACACUGUCACUCAUGGAAAUCGGCCGUAGCGUAGCUGUAACUAACACGUUUUGUACGUGUUUACAAACAUGUUUACAACCCAGUCCCAGGACCAAAAUCCAGAGUACAGCCUAAAUAAAGUUAGGGCUAGGUGCAAUAAAAUAUCACAUAUUCUAGCCUACUUGGAGGAGAGCAAGAGGAGACUUGCACUUUGCUUUGUGUAUACUAUAAAUUUUGAUGAUGACAAAAGUGACAGCUGGGGGGGGGGGGCACGUUGGACAGAUAUGUACAGCUGCAUGGGUCACUUGGAAUCUAUAAUUAGACAGUGAAUUAAGCUGAAAUCCGUCUGCAUGUUUGAAGGAUAUCCUGCUCAUAAACGAGGCUCAUAAACCUUCACCAUCAUGUGGUUCAUAUAAAGUGUUUAAUGUUCUGUAAAAGUUUUUAUUGGACGUUGAAAUGUUGAUUUCCUCUUACAGGUAGAGUUGACACUCGGGAAUUUCCUGAGCCACAAGGAAUAUUAAACAUCCGAUGAGAGGAAAUUAACUUUCCAAAUAGAUACUCCAACUCACGUAUUGAACUAAAAAUGCCUGGACGUGGACGUUUUCGGGGUCGUGGACGUGGGCGUGGUCGUAGAGGCGGUCGUGGGGGACGAAGCCAUCAAGGGGCUCAACAGACUGUUCAGGAUGAUGAAUGGAACAUCACAGAAACAGCUUCUACAGAUGAGGAAUUUGAGAAACGCCCUGAACUGCUCUUCACAUCCUCCAAAGUGACCUAUGAACAGCACUUGACUGCUCAGGAAAAUUACAGGAAUGUUUAUCUUGCAACCAUGAAGGUUCUUCUUGCUAAUGGUGUCAACAUCUCGCAAGGUAUCAAAGUUCGUGCAUUGGCUGUAGCAUGGGCCAGGAAGGACCAUACCUUAGCAGAAACCUUUCUGAAGGACUCUGAAACCUUCACAAUGGCAGAGAUUCUAAAGGCGCUUACUCUCCUGGAUUCAGGGCGUCGUAUCCGAGAGAAAGAACGUCGCCUCAGGCAGCUUCAGGUCCACAUACAGGAGAGGGUCAAGGUCAACCCAAAGAAAAUGUCAAAGGUCAAAUCAGAUAUUGACAACCUGAAUGCCAACAAGCCAAAGGUUGGUUCUGUGAGUGGAGCUCUGAGCCGCCAUAUCCGGCAUUGGGUACGAAGUCUUUCUGGUGCUCAACUGGAAUUCUAUGCCCUCCACUAUCCUAAAGAACCAUGGAAAACUCUGGCUGAUAUAUGCCAUCUUCAUCCCAAAAAGGACUUUCCUGAGAAGCCAUGGUUCCUGUCAUAUUGUUUUGGUGAGCCAGCACCAAGUGAAAGCUUGGUUGCUAAGUGUGCUGGUAUGAAUGCUGAAAAUAUCAAUGAACUUGUAAAGGGCAAUGAUGUUCCAUACAGCCACAUCAAGCAAUUCACCAGCAAUCUUACAGAGGAGAGCAAGGGACGUAUUGCAUCCUAUGAGGAGAAAGUUGACACCCUGCUAUGGUUCUAUGAGGAUCUGCAUUGCCCUAAGGUGGAUGAGGUGAUUUGCCGUCGUAUCUGUGAUGGUGAGGUGGUGAGUCUUCCUACAGGGAAGUUGAUGGAGAGGUUACUCUUAAUGAAGACCAGAAAUAUUGGUGCCAGUGUCCUUGAGUCUCUCAUCCCAGAGGCUGCAAAGAGGCUCAAAUCUAUGAAGCUUUCUCUGGAGGCACCUGUCGCUAUACUUGGUGAUCGCUCACCUUCCAUGGAGGUUGCCAUCAAGACCAGUACUAUUGUAGCAGGUCUGCUAACUGCCAUCACAGAUGCUAAACUCUCCUUCUUCUCAAAUAAAGACUAUGUGCCUGAAAAGAUCCCAAAGACUAUAACUGAGGUGUUGGAGAUGGCAUCUACUCUGAAGACUGAUGGUAUGACAGCCCCUGCAGCCAGCCUUUGGCCUUACUAUGAACGCAAGGAAGUAAUCAAGACAUUUGUAGUUGUGACAGAUGAGGAGGAAAAUGGGGAGAACAAUGGUUAUCGCUUCCUACCACUGUUCAAGAAAUACCGGGAGGAGGUUUACGCUGAUGCCAAACUAGUCUUCAUCUCCUUCCUGUUCAGCCAGCAUGCUGUUGGUCAGAUGGUCAGUGCUUUGAAUGCUGAUGGUAUCCAACCCAUGCAGUUCAAGUUCAGCAGAAGCCGACCUGAUCUGACCAAGCUUGAUAGUAUUCUGGGUCUACUGUCCACCUCAACAGGUGAUUUCAAGAUGGAGGUGGAUCGCAUUGCUAAAGAGCUCACUGACGCCCAGGCCAAUGCCCAGAAUCAGGUUGAACCAUGAAUACUAUCAAUACCCAUCUAGCCUUAGGUAGUGCAAGAAAUGUAAUUGAUGGCAAACUUUGUGAUCGAUUGGGAAGUUUGUCUUCAAUUGCAAUCUUUGCCAUUGCUAGAUCACAGAUUUAAUGUUUGCUUGCCUCUAAAAAUAGGAAAGCAUUAAUUGUAAAUUUGUAAAGUGAUCGCAAGACUUAUGAUUUAUCAUGGGACCUAGAAUUAACUUGAAAUUGAAUGUAAUUUUUAUAUCAGUGCUCCUCUGAGUUCCACAUCACUGAUAUCAAACUGCAAUAAACAAUGCUUAAACAGAGGAUAUUUUGCUGCUUGGUUUUUAAUUUGAAAUUACAUUUUGUUUUAAUCUCAGCAGCCCGUAUUCUUAGGCCAUGUUCUAACUCUGUGUUAAAAUUAUGGGAAGCAAAAAAUUUCAAAAUUGCAUUUAUAUAUUGUGUUUCCUAUCUUUACUUGACUCUGUACUCAUGUGUUAAUAAUUAAGAGAACUGCUUCAGUAAUUAUUCCCUGUCAGUUAUGAAUGAUUUGAGUGUUAAAUGAGUUGAUAAAAUGAACUUGUAAUGUUAAAGAUACCUGUCACAAUUGGCUUAUCAACAGUUGAACCAUGACAUUAGACCAGAGUUUAACUUAAACCUGAGUUCAGAAUACAGGCCAGCAUCAGUAUUCCAGAGCUCCUUUGUACCUACAAAAAUCCCUUGUGAUGAUUUGAAAGAGUUCAAAACAUGUUUGGCUAUGUAUCUUUUAUGUAUUUUAUAUAUUAAGGGGCCCCACGGAAUUUUAAAAAAAUUUAAAAAUGGGGGGUGGGGCUAAGUCAAAAGUUGGUGGCUGACCAUAUAGAAAAUCACAAUCAGUAAUUUGCACAUUUUUAGUUUAGGUUUAUUUAGAAAAAAUUGGGAUGAGGGGCUGGACCCCAUUGCCUAUAUAUGCACACUGGCCCCUAAUAUAUACUUCCAAAUUUAAAACAAGAGCCAAGUGAGAGUGCAAUAUCAUACUGAGUUUUGAGGUAAACCUCUGAAAUUCAAAUUAUUUUUACUUUCCCUCCAUGUGUAGCGAUACAUGUUGAAUUAGAUUUGGUGCAAUUGCUCCUUCAUGUCAUGAAAUGUUACAACUCUUCUACUAUUAUUAUUAUUUAUUUUGCAUUUCAAAAAGCAAGCGGAGAAACAUAGAAUAUUGUUAUUGCAAACUGUGACAUACUUAAUCCCCAAAAUGCUUUCCCUGCUACAGUCCCAAAGUAGCAUGGGGAAAAAAAGAAAUGUAAAAUUCCUAUAACCCACAAGUCUUUCUUUCAACUCGACUUAUUGACUCUUGAAUAUUUCAUGAUUGAACUGUAGUCAAUACAUGUAACAUGAUAAAAGAAUUCUCUAUAUUUUGUGUAUGAAGAAAUUAUAUUAAAAUAUAUAUAAAUAUAUAUAUAUAUAUAUAUAUAUAUACAUAUAUAUUCAUUUACGUCACUACCAUUUUAGGAAGUAUCCCAUUCAGUGUGCAAGAAUUACCUAUUGUCAAUAUGUAUGCAUAUUCGUGAAUGAUUUCAUGUUCAUGAAUAUUCUUCUUUUUUAUUACCCUUUUUCAAAUCGUUCUCAGCUUGUAUCUGUACAUGUUAUUUUGUUUAUCUAUUUAGUUUAUUUUUAAGUGACGUGUUUUUCAGCAUAGUAUACAUGUAUAAAUUACAUGAAUUUAUUUUCAAAAUGUGUAUGAUAUCUAAAAAAAAUAAUAUAUCCCAUUGGCUAUCUGAUGCGCAAUAAAAAUGGCUGGUUCAUUAAAAUAGUCAUGAUUUUUUUUUUAUUGUUGAGUUAUAGAAUUUGCAUUGUCAAUAUUGGUUUGCUUUUAUGAGAGCAAUGAACUAAAUAUGCAAUUGUUAUUGAAACUUGUAGUCAAGUCGAAUUGAAAAUGAUUCUUUUUUUUUUAUUUGAAGUGAUCAACUAAACUCAAAUGGGCAAUUUGCAAAGUUGAUUUCAGUUUUUCUAUUUUGCUCUGUCUAAACUUACAUUAAUUCUUGAUUUAUUGAUGGCAUGAAUGGUUUAUUAUUAUAAAGGAUGAUAUAUAAUAGUAUUAUGAUUAUGUGUAGGCUGAAUAUAUCAAUGCAAAUAUUGAUUGUUGACUCCAGUCAAAGGAGGGUAUGAAUGAACUUGCACAGUCAUACAAAUUUUACUGACUGCAGCUUUUAAACUCAUUAUCUUGUUUUUAAUUUGUUUUCUCUCUGACUUAUAUUAUGUUUGAUAAUAUCCAACCAUGUAUCAUUGCAAACAACCCAGUUACACGUCUAGGAUACUAUUUAGCAUUAUUUUUGUACUGUACUUUGUUGGUAAAGAUGUCUCUUACUAUUAUGUUGUAAAUCAUUGCUUAUUUUUAUAAAUGUCUUUUAUACUAAAUUUUAAUGCAAGGCCAUUGGAAAGACUUGUAUAAUAGUAUGUCUUACGAAGUUAAUGAAUUCACAUAAUCAUAUAAUAAAAUAUUGAUAAUAGUA